CAGGAGGGGGUGGAGAGAGGGAGGGAGAGUUUACCCUGCAGGCUCUCUGGAUGCAGAACCCGGACUCGCUGCAGAAACAGCUGUGCUUGCUGCUCCCAGAGCUUGGGGGGGUGCAACCAUCCUUCGGAGUUUAUCUAGGGAGGCUCCAAGUUGCGGGCACGCACGGUGGGUGUCAUCCUUCUGGGUGCUGACGGCAGUCUGCCCGCCCUCUCCACCAUGAGCGGUUGUUCCAACAGAUGCAAGCUUGGGUUCGUGAAAUUUGCUCAGACCAUCUUUAAGCUCAUCUCCGGGACCCUCAGCAAAGAUAAGAUUGAAGAUGAGCUGGAGAUGACCAUGGUCUGCCAUCGGCCUGAAGGGCUGGAGCAGCUGGAGGCCCAGACCAACUUCACCAAGAGGGAGCUGCAAGUCCUUUAUCGAGGCUUCAAAAACGAGUGCCCCAGUGGUGUGGUCAAUGAGGAAACAUUCAAGCAGAUCUACGCUCAGUUUUUCCCUCAUGGAGAUGCCAGCACGUAUGCCCAUUACCUCUUCAACGCCUUCGACACCACCCAGACGGGCUCCGUGAAGUUCGAGGACUUUGUCACCGCUCUGUCGAUUUUACUGCGAGGGACCGUCCACGAGAAGCUAAGGUGGACGUUCAAUUUGUAUGACAUCAAUAAAGACGGCUACAUUAACAAGGAGGAGAUGAUAGACAUCGUCAAAGCCAUCUAUGACAUGAUGGGGAAAUACACAUAUCCCGUGCUCAAAGAAGACACUCCAAGGCAGCACGUGGAUGUCUUCUUCCAGAAAAUGGACAAAAAUAAGGAUGGCAUCGUGACUUUAGAUGAGUUUCUCGAAUCCUGUCAGGAGGAUGACAAUAUCAUGAGGUCUCUUCAGCUGUUCCAAAAUGUCAUGUAACUGAGGACACAGCCAUCCAGCUCUCAGAGACAUUGUACUCAACCACCACCUUGACACCCUGAUCUGCCCAUGUUCUGAUUGUACAAACCAACUCUUGGGACAGGAACACCUUUUACACUUUGGAAGAUUUCUCUGCCGAAGACUUUUUAUGGAACCCAGCACCAUGUGGGCCAGUCUCUGAUUGCCAACUCUUCCUCCUCCCUCUUCUUGAGUGAGAUGUGAUGGAAUUUGAGUUUGUUUUGGAAGCAUGCUCAUCUCUUCACAUGGCUGCCCUGUGGAAGGUCCCUCUGCUUGAGCUUAUCCAGUAGUGCACAGUUUGCUUCCAUGCCCAGCCCACCGCCUCCAAGCCAAGCAAAUCAUGAUAAAGCUGCAAGCAAGAGGACCUAAACCAAAUGCACACCAUCCUCUGAUGGCCUCCCAGACCAACGUGCCUGUUUCUCUUCCUCUGGGAAGAACGAGUGUUAACACAGAACAAUCAGAAUCUACCGUGACUAGUUGGGAGAGCCAGCACCUAACACGUGUAGGAUAGGACUGAAUUGUUAAGCAUGGCAUCAUCUGAUGACCCAAACUGCCCAUGUCAUUUGUUUCCAGAGGCAAUGACCAGUUAAUUCUCUCGCACCAGCAUCUGUGCUGGUGGCCCAAGUCCUUUAACAUGCCCAGGAAGGGAGCCAUUGCCCUGUGGCCCAUACCUCAUGCCAUCCCCUGCUCGAGCCCAACACUGCAUGUCCCUCCCGGGGAGUCCAGAAUGCCUGCAAAAUGCUGUAAUUUUCUACCAUGUUCUAAUCAAAUAAAGAGAACUGUUUCUUACA